AUGGCGUUGGGUUGUGUAACCUGAAAAUGCUCUUGUUUUUCUCAUCUGUACAGUGGGUAUGAUUUUUUUUUUUUCAUCAGCCAGUUUCAGGUUUUGAUUCCCACCAUGGCUAUUACACAGUUUCGGUUAUUCAAAGUUUGUACCUGCCUAGCAACAGUAUUCUCAUUCCUAAAGAGAUUAAUAUGCAGAUCUGGUAGAGGACGGAAAUUAAGUGGAGACCAAAUAACUUUGCCAACUACAGUUGAUUAUUCAUCAGUUCCUAAACAGACAGAUGUUGAAGAGUGGACGUCCUGGGAUGAAGAUGCACCCACAAGUGUAAAGAUUGAAGGAGGGAAUGGGAAUGUGACGACACAACAAAAUGCUUUGGAACAACUGGAACCUGACUAUUUUAAGGACAUGACACCAACUAUAAGGAAAACUCAGAAAAUAAUUAUUAAGAAGAGAGAACCAUUAAAUUUUGGCAUCCCAGAUGGUAGCACAGGUUUCUCUAGUAGAUUAGCAGCUACACAAGAUAUGCCUUUUCUUCAUCAAUCUCCUGAAUUAGGUGACUUAGAUACCUGGCAGGAAAAUACCAAUGCAUGGGAAGAAGAAGAAGAUGCGGCCUGGCAAGCAGAAGAAGUUUUGAGGCAGCAGAAGAUAGCAGACCGAGAAAAGAGAGCGGCGGAACAACAAAGGAAGAAAAUGGAAAAGGAGGCACAGCGGCUGAUGAAGAAGGAACAAAACAAAAUUGGUGUGAAGCUUUCAUAGCAAAUGCUCUUCACACAUCAUAGUGCCAGGAGGAGAAAUAGGAGUUCCACAACUCGAGCAACAUUUCGAGGGAUUUCAGAGUAUUUUCAAGAAUACAAACACAUUGCUUGGUUUUAUUGCAUUCAUCUGGCCAUCUAGGACACCAGGAUUCUCUCAAAGUACCUUGAGCUCUUAGUGAUUGAGACUCAAAAGAAGAAAAAGACCUAUGAGGCAAUAUUUUUUUUCAACAUGCUCCAAGUGUAAGACAAUUGUUUGCUGUAGAGAAAUUAUUACAAAUGGAAUAUACCAGUACCUCUUCUAGCUAGUGUUUCUAGCUGAAUAAAUGGGUGUAAAUAAUUUUAUGGUGGGAAAGAACUCUGCUCUCUAUAAUGCUUUCCUUCAUUGUGCAUAAUGAUAAAAUAAAUAAUUUUAAAUAUU